CUGUGUGGCAGUGCUGUUUCUGGACGUCGCUUUAAACGUCUUCCAAACAAAGGACACAGCAGAAAUGGCUGGCAAAGCAGGGUACACCGAACAGGAGUCUACUCUAGAACUGACUGGUGUGACGCAGCUUCCGGAGAACACAAACUGUCUGGCAUGCACAGAGGACGGCAGAUUUCUAGGUCUGGGUCACAGCCAGGGCCUGUCUGUGUGGUGUGCUUCCUCUUUCACCCGUGUCGCCGAAUGGCUUCAACCCCGGCUGGAAGUUACCUUCAUUCAGAUGACCAGGAUGGCUGAGAUGACGUAUCUGCUCGGGACUGUCGACGAUAUGGGUGUUUCCAGAGUCUUUGGACUUCACUCUGGUGUCAUCCAUCUCCUCAGUGCAAUCAACAUCAUGGAAGGUGUGAAUAAAAGAAGCAUUGUUGUAACAUUUGACCUACAUGAAGGUGGCCGUUAUGGGGCUGCAUCGUUAAGCUGCAACGGUGCGGUGUGGCUAGAGGUCUAUCAGUUUCCCGUAGAAGCGUGGCUGAGAGAGCUAGAGGUGGCGCCAUCGCAAAAAAAGGAGAAAUACGCAUCUGAAGGAUCGGAUGUGAAAUGGUCUCCAGUUACACUGAUGAUCAAAAUCUUUCCACCAACUGUUCCAGCAGGAAAGACGUCAGACUUUUUGACAAGCUGUUUGGCUCUUGAUAUAAUCAGAAGCAGCCGUCAUCAGGAGACACAGGAAAGCCCGAGCAGUUGCACUCAGCACUUUCUCCUGCCUUGUGAUCAGUCAACUGGAGGCAGUAGAGCCGGGCCAGCAGGUCUGCCUGUGGCGGUUGCUGUGUGGUGGAGCGGAUCCCAUAAUCUCCUUCAGUAUUCACAGCAAAAAGCCCCAAAUGACGGACGAGAUGUGACACCCUUGCCAGAAAUGUUGUGGCCAAAUGCAAAGGAAAUCCUCUGCUCAGCUGUCAGCAGAUGCACUUGUUACAUAGCGCUUGGGCUUGAGGAUGCUUUGGUGUGUAUCUGGAACAGACAAUCUGGAGCCCCCCUCUCCAUCGUUCUGGCACCUGAAGGAAGCAGUCCCCUCUCCAGGGUACAGUUUGUGGAUAGCUGGCCCGUGUCCGCUCAGGACUGUCAGAUUGCACCUACAAAGCCAGUUGGUGUGUUGGUGUCGUCUAAGAAUGGAGCAAUUUAUACGGUGACCACAGGACAAGGCAUGCAGUCCUGCACCAUGCAGCUCAUUGAAAGACCUAAAGACAGCAGGGAUCUCCCGACUGUUACCAUGACUCUGCCUUUCCUACAGGCUGUGUCACUUGUGGUGCAGAGAAGUGGAAAAAUGUUCCUGAAAGAUGUCCUCGACAGAUCCACUGUGUGCUAUCUGACUCCUCCAUCCUCCUAUCGAAUCGCUUCCCCCUACAAUCCUGUUUACGCACUAAAUGCCAAACAGCGAGCCCUGUUCAUACGAGACCCUCCCAGACAACAGACAACACUCUGUCAUGGUAGCCUCGAGGAAAUCUGCAACCUCUACCUUGAGCAAAGAGCGCAUUCUGCGGAUGAAAGGAACAAAGCUCUUGUGCAAACAUGGGGAAAGCUGCAGGAAAGUGCAGCGGGGAUGCAGCAAACACCACAGAGCCGCAAACAUCUAAAGAACUACAACAUCUGAAACCCCGCAAGGAUAUAGGAUGUAAUAUUUUCGUUUGGUAAAACCAGAUAUGUUUGCGUGCCUGUUCACAGCACUUGUUUCAAUUAGAUAUCAGUAAGGAGCCAGCAGUAACUCUGAAUCAGUCUCACAGGGAAUACAUUUG